CAGCAUUCUAUGCCCUGUUCGACGUAGGAACUCCUUUCGAUUCAGUACAUUUAUUCUCCACCUCGUGGUGUAUUACGCCGUUUGCUUUUCCCUUGAUCGAAUUACUUGUAGCAGUCUACGGCAUCAUUGGCAUCGCCAUCACGCUUGCGAUUGCGAAGGAUGGAUCCGAUGGGGCAUCAUUCUCCUACUUCAGCAAUAUGACUUUUUGGGGGAAUUUACAAUUAUUACAUAUUCGUGGGAAUCCACUCAGUGUCUUACACAAUGAAGGAAGGGCGUGGUUGGAAUCAUGGCCGAGAUGGAUGCAAUUACUCACGACCUGCUAUACUCAACAAUCACGGCAUUCAUAUUAGUUAUGACGAUGGCAUUCUGGGCCGUUCAAUUCGGACCGGAGAAAUUCGAUAACCCUUUCGGUACCGGAUCGAACAUGGCUAGACAUACCUGAACUCCGUCUUUCCUGUGUUCCAAAUCACAGUACCAAGAACCGAACCCCCUCUGUGGAUUCAUAUGCCAUGCAUACUUCUUCUUUUCAGUGGCUAUGUCUGUAUCGUGUACAUCACUUACAAGACUGAAGGCAUUUACGCAUAUGGAUUCUUGGACGCGACAAGUAUCCACCGAGUGUACUCGCUGGCAACCUUCUUGGUAUUGGAGCCAGUUGCGCUGGGAUUUUCGUCAUAGUCCGCUUCUCGAUCUAUAGCAGGAUAUGGCUUGUUGAAGAGAAGCUUGGGAUGCGUGGAGAGCUGUUGAGGAGG